AUCGGUCCUUUUUGUGAGUUCUUUGAAAAGAAACACAUGUCGUAUUAAAAUUCUCCGCAAUUUUAGUCAAAAAAGCCCGUAAAAAUGUUCAUGCCGAAAGCUCACCGUGUCGCAAUCUACGAAUACCUGUUCAAGGAAGGUGUUUUGGUUGCGGAAAAGGACUUCUAUGCGGCAAAACACGCUGAAUUGGAGAAUAUUCCAAACUUGCACGUCAUUAAGACGAUGCAAUCUCUCAAAUCGCGCAACUUCGUCAAGGAACAAUUCGCCUGGCGUCACUAUUACUGGUAUUUGACGAACGAGGGCAUCGAAUAUUUGCGCUCAUACUUGCACUUGCCGCCAGAAAUUGUGCCCUCGACAUUGAAACGCGCCACAAGAUCCGAAGCUCCUCGUCCCCGUGGAACAACUGCCCCAAGAUCCGACAACAAGGGAGGAGAAGAUCGUCAACAAUACAGACGUGCUCCGGGAGCUGACAAGAAAGCUGAUGCCGGUGCUGGCGGAGCUGAUGUUGAAUUCCGCGGAGGAUUCGGACGUGGAUCAAGACAACAACCUCCUCAAUAAGCGAAUCGCGUUUAUCAAAAUUCAAGUGAAAACAGCAAAAUAAAUCGAUAAUUUUCCAAGAGAAA